UUUAUUUCUCGGUUCCAAAAUGGCUGCCGAAAUCCGACCUAAGCCAACAUCUCGCAGGCCGAUUUUGCUUUCCAAGCUCGAAGGGUCGGGAGAUAUCGUCAACCAGGCCGUCAUCAUCCCCAAGGAGGAUGGAGUCAUCAGCGUGUGCGAUGACAGAACUGUGCGGGUAUGGUUGAAGAGAGACAGUGGACAGUAUUGGCCCAGUAUUUGCCACACAAUGCCAGCUGCUGCAUCCGCGUUAGAUUAUAACCCAGAAACCAGGAGGUUAUUUGUGGGAUUGGACAAUGGCACUAUUUCUGAAUUCCUACUUGCUGAUGACUUCAACAGAAUGGCUGCUACCAGAAACUACUUGGCGCACCAGCAGAGAGUGGUUGGCAUUAACUUCUCGCUCCAGUGUGAGUGGCUGUUGAGUGUGGGGAGAGACAAGUUCUUCCAGUGGCACUGUUCAGAGACAGGCAGACGACUGGGAGGCUUCCAGAGUGGGGCCUGGUGUACUGCCGUCCAAUUUGAUGUGGAGUCCAAACAUGUGUUUGUCGGGGAUUUCUCUGGCCACAUCCAGGUGCUGAAGUUAGAGGGCAACGGGGGGGUCACUCAGGUCACCACAUUGAAGGGACACUCGGGGAGUAUUCGGUGCUUGGAGUGGGACCCUGAGAGUAGAUUACUUUUCUCUGGUAGCUUCGACCAGUCCAUUAUUGUGUGGGACAUAGGGGGGCAACAGGGUACAGCGUUUGAACUACAGGGGCACAGUAAUAAAGUACAAGGUCUGAAGUUUGUGGGCCAUACCAAACAGCUGGUGUCUGGAGGGGAGGACGGCGUUAUUGUGAUCUGGAACAUGAGUGUGGACAGAAAUGAGACCCCCGAGUGGGUUGAGAGUGAUAACUGCCAGAAGUGUGACCAGCCCUUCUUCUGGAACUUCAAGAAGAUGUGGAAUGAGAAAACAAUAGGAACAAGACAGCACCACUGUAGAAAAUGUGGCUGUGCAGUCUGUGCUAAGUGUAGUGCUAACCGCUCCACCAUCCCCCUCAUGGGGUUUGAGUUUGAGGUGCGAGUCUGCAACGCCUGCUUUGCCAACAUCUCAGAUGACGAGCGAGCUCCAAUGGCGACGUUUCACGAUGUCAAACAUGGCGUGGUCGCGAUCCACUAUGACGGCACGCGUGGGUGGCUGCUGACAUGUGGCACAGACAGAAUUAUAAAGAUCUGGGAUGUCAAUGCACUGGUGUCAUAGCCACUUUUUAACCACUAUUGACAAUACUUGAAAAGUAUUCCCGUUCACCAUACAUGUACAGUUAAUUAUGUGUAGAGAUUUUCUUUUCAUUAGGCCACGUCAAUUUAAU